ACGGCUUCUCCCGCUGGGAUGCGACCAGGAACCAACACUGGGGGGAAAACAUAAGCCAGAGCAGUGCUCCACGGAGGGAGUAGCCUAAAAUGUGGAUGAACUGAUAUUGAAUCUUCUAUCCGGGACGGUUAAUUACUCAACUUGAAGAACUGAGCAAACUUCGCUUUUUUUUUUUUUUUUUGAAAAUGGCCGUUCGUGGCAACUCGCUGAUGCCUUUCUCAAUCCAAGCCAUCCUGAACAAAAAGGACGACAGCCGACACUUGCCAGAUUUGGACAUGUGCUUCUCCAAAACCGCGUGCUGGAAAAUAUUUGGGGAGAUGAACGGCGGGUCUCGGAGAGAUGAUGGGGAGACUUGUGAGCCGACGGACCAGAAAAGCUACGACUCGGACUCGGGACUCAGCGAUGACAACGACAGCAAGACUCUGGCCGUGUGCAAGUCGGAGAAAGACGGAGACAACGUGUCCGAUGUGCCGGAGGAAAGUUUGCAGGAGGAGACGGACCACGAGUCUGCAGCUGCGGAAAACGCAAAGAGUGACAGUGAGCCCAAUAAUGCUACGGACUCCAGCACCCUGGACGAGAAGAGCCAGGACCAGCCCAAACAGCGGAAAAAGCGCUCCAGGGCCGCCUUCUCUCAUGCGCAGGUCUUCGAGCUGGAGCGUCGCUUCAACCACCAGCGGUACCUGUCCGGGCCGGAGCGGGCGGACCUGGCGGCCUCCCUGAAACUCACAGAGACUCAGGUCAAGAUCUGGUUCCAGAACCGUCGGUAUAAGACGAAACGCCGGCAGAUGGCCGCGGACCUGAUGGCGUCGACCCCGGCGGCCAAGAAGGUGGCGGUGAAAGUUUUGGUGCGGGACGACCAGAGACAGUACAGCCCGGGAGAGAUCCUGCGGCCCCCGCUGCUCUCCCUGCAGCCGUCCUACUAUUACCCUUACGCCUACUGCCUCCCUGCAUGGACACUCUCUGCAUGUGCGGGGAAUCAGUGAGAACUCUGUGACUGUAUUUAUUCAUUUUUGUUUGAUUAUUUUGUUCCUAGAAUCAAACUAACUAGACUUAUUUUCUAACAAGAGGAUGAGACCCGAGGGGACUAAUCUGCUCAUCUGCCUCCUCGUGUUGCUCCAGGCCAGACCAUGGGUUCCCAAACUGUUUUCACAUCCUCAAAUACUUCCAAACGACUCAUUCGUUUAUUUAAUACGAGUCUGUCCCGAGGAACCUCGUUCAAGAAGACGUUGCUUAUGAUUAAUGCUAUCAAAUCAUACUGUUGGUGAGCGGGGAGAAUGGACCUUCUUUUAAAAUGUCAGUAUAUUAACCUCUGAGGAGUGACAAGGCAAUCACUUUGAAGUAUUCCUCUCUUUGCGCGGGAGACCCUCAAGGACCUCUGAAGCCCCCCGGACCUCACUUUGGAAACCGGCGGCCUGAACAGGCUGAAAAUGUCACCAUGUUGGUUUAUAUUUUACAUGCGCCUUCCUACCUCUGCAGUGAUUGGAAAUAGGCAUAUUCCAUUGAAUUUUCAUAUAACUGUCUCAGUUACAGGUUGUGUCUUUUUUUUCUUGCUGUGUUUGCAAAGGUAAGAUAUUUCAGCACUUUUGAGCUAUCUACGUUACAUUACUUCAAUGUAAAAUGCAUUUUAGUGUGGGCAUAGUGUCGGGAUGAGAGGAGGCGGUCUCGUGUGUUAUUGGCCUAAAAGUAAUCUCGUGGCAGGAAGCAGGCUAUAAAACAGGCCUACUUCUAAUUAAAAUGUACAUGUGUUAUUUGUGUAAAAUGACUGUUUUAGAUCGAAAA